AUGAUUGCAAUAAAUAAUCCAAGUGACUUGUAAUCGAGAUUUUAGAAUGAAAAGCUAACAAAAGCUGAGCUCGUUAAAGUUGAUGUUAAUCCACUAUAAGACAAUUAAUCAAACAAUGAAGAUGUAGAAAAUAAUGACAGCUCUACAGAUUUUAAUAGCUCUGUAUAGCCUGAAAAUAUGAAUUAAAAAAACUCUAUUAAGGAAGUAAAUUACCAAAUAAUUCGGAUAAAAUGUCAAGAAAAGGUUGACUUCAAUUCUCGCUUUAAAUAGAUUGUUUCUUUAAAUGUAGAUAGUUCAUUAAAAAAAUAAAUGCUUCAAGCUUUAAAGCAAUAACUACAAGAAAAACUCAAUGAUUAAACUUCCUUUAGACAUAUUAUGAGAAAGAAAGUGUCAAAAAAACAGAAACAGCCUAGUAGUGUUUAAACAAAAACAACGGCUGCCCAUUCAACAGCCAGCACAGUGAACAAUAUAAAUAUUAUCAACAUUCAAAAUAAUAAUAUUUUGACUUCCAAAAACCCUUCUUCUGUUUCUCCUAUGAGCUAUAAUCCACAUUAACUCAGUAUAUCAAAUAAUCCUUAGUUGGCAAAUAUACUCGCAAAUGCUAUUUAAUAGAAUUAAGAAGAUAAUUUGGUUAGUAAACGCUGUUCGAUUUUUAGCGUUUAAACAUAGGUUAUUUAUAGCGCAAGAAAAGAUGGUCAAUCCAAUUUUGACUACAAGUACAAUAAUUCCUCUCGCUUAACUGAACAUUCUACUCUUCAUAAAAAUUAAUCUAAGUAGAAUAUAAUUAAAUUAUGCUAAAAUGAAGAAAAAGAAAUUAAGAAUAUUGAAAAAUCAUUAAUUCCAGCUAAAAAUGAAAGAAACAGAAUAUCUGAAGUGCUUGAAGAUUAUAAAGAUGAUUUGAUAGUUAGCAAACAAUAUCUUAGAGAUAUAACUAUUACUUAUGACUAAAAACACUUAUAUCUUGAGCAACUCAUUUAAAAAAUUAAUUCUAUGAGUAGAAGUGGAUAUACAAUGAAUAAUAGAGAAAAUAAUAUGGCAAAUAUGUCUAUGCUAAACACUACAAGAAUGAAUGCAACUUUUGUUGAUGAAGCAGUCAGUAAAUUUAAAGCUGUAAAAGACUUUUUCAAGUCAAAAAUAUUCUCUAACAAAGAUAAUUCUAAUUAAGGACAAUUAUUUGGGGCUUCUACUACACGUAACACUGGAGUCAGCAGCAGCAGCAACAACAAUAACAACAACUAAUACCCAAUGACAAAUCGUAUCUUGGAUUUUAAUUAUUGA